AUCAAAGUUUAUCUACCAAGAUUGUUUCGCCAUUAUCACCUGACAAGAGGCAAAAAGACAUCGUUGCAUUUUCUAGGAGAGAAGUUUGAAUUUGUAUCCUCUAAGUUGGAAUUUGUUUCUCGGACAACAAAACUAAUAAAAAUAUUUUCGGUUAAGGAAUUCUCUGAUCGGCAGUGGAAUAGCUUGACCUUCCAGACUAGGGAGUGGAGGGUCAUGAGAAGUAAAAUAUACCGACAAAGACAUGGAUAAAGAGAAAUUUGGGUGCUAUUUCACCUACCAUUUACCAAUGAACGAUCUUCCCGACAAACCAAGGAAUAUUUGCAUCAGAUAAAACUUCACCUACAAACUCAUCUGUUGCUCAGUUUACGGAGGCUGUUUUUGCUCCGAAUGGCGCCACUGUUCCAAAUGGUGUAAAAUUGAGGCUAGGAAGUAGUUUUGCCACAUGUAGGGAUUCAUACCAAUUUUAUUGAUUUCCAGAAGUUUACAGGUUGUAGGGAAAACCUACGGGAUAAAUGAAGAAAAGUAGGUAGUUUUCUGGAAAUUGUAGGGAUUUAUAUUUGUUUGCGGCCAAGCAAUUAGAUUGCUUGUUUUUUAUACCUUUGAACAUCAAUUUCCACUGACUUUUCAUUCAAGUGCAAUAUAUAGUUAUGAAAAGAUAUUCCGCAAAAAAUUGCAAAACCAUAUUUUACGUCAGAGUAACGUCUUGCAAAAGCAUUACCUUUUAAUUGAAUAAUUGUUUUGGUCCUCGAUCUUUAUGGCUUUUUAAAAUAGACUUUCGCUGAAAGUUGUCCUUAGAAGCAUGGGUGGAUGUGGGGAUAUUUUGAAAACGUAGGGAUAUUUUGAAAAAUAUAGGGAUUUGUGGGGAGAAUCCACGCUGACAUGCGUAGGUGAAAGUAGGUAGAAAUCGCCUGCGCAGUAGGGAGACUAUCUCUAUGAGAAACGAUAGGACGAGCGACAACGGCAACACCGCUAGGGAGGUGCACAAAUCGAGCCCGGACGCAAUAGGAGGAGCGUAUUUCACUUCCGCCAACAACAUGCCGGCUGCAUCACUGAGUGGGCUGCAUUCAAUAUGAUCAAGAUCAAUUUAUGCCUCGCUUGUAGUGUCUUAAUUCACUUUUUCGUCGCUUUUACCGAUGAAACAAAUGUAAGCGGAUGCAAUUUUGAUGAAUGUACCUCGACAUACGAAUUUCCUAAUCAUAGCACAAUCAGCCUAAACGGUGCCUGGUUUGGUUACAGCCUUGACAAACCUUGGAUUAAUUUCACUGCCAGGGUACCGUUCACUGUACAUAGUCAACUCAUAAAAGUGGGGGUUUUGCAAGAUCCGUACUACAGGUUUAAUGACAGAGACGAUCGAUGGGUAUCUUUGGAUACUUGGGCCGUCACAACAAAAUUUGACCUUAGUGCUGCUUUCCUGUCUCAGGCAAAGACUAGUUUAGUUUUUGAAUCGAUUGACACCAUUGCAGAUGUGUAUUUAAACGGGGUAAGAAUCGGUGGCAGCAAAAGCAAAUUUGUACCAAAUAUAUUUGAUGUUACUGGCUUAUUUUUGAAAGGAAAGAACACAGUUACUGUCAUAUUGAUGUCCCCCGUCAAAUAUGCUUCACUGGAAAGCUUGCUAUACAAAAAUAAAUUCAAUUAUGCUGUGCUGCCUGACUGCUAUCCAAAUGUUCUACAUGGUGAAUGCCAUAGCAAUUUUAUACGAAAAGAGCCAUUAUCUUUUGGCUGGGAUUUUGGACCUUCAUUUCCCACCCAAGGCUUGUUCGGUUCAGUUUAUGUACAAAGUGUGAAAACUGCAUUCAUAGAAAAUCUUCUUAUCAAUGUGAAAAUGCAUGCUGGUCAAUGGGCUGUCAAUGUGUGUGUGUAUAUCAAUGAUCAGUUUCGAAAAUUUCCUAUUUCAAUUAACUUCAAAGUUGUUGAACUUAAUCUUGGUGUUACUACAAAGAAAAAACUUCUAUCUAAAGAAUCAAGCAGGAUUUGCACUGAUUUGAAUGAAAUACCAGCCAAUGUCGUGCAACAAUGGUGGCCAUGGCAAUACGGCCAACAGAACUUAUAUACCCUCAAAGCUAGACUUCUAUCAGAAGACGACCAAGAAGUACAUGUCAAGGAAGUUCAAUUUGGAUUCAGAACAGUCGAACUUAUUCAAGAACCAAUUGCUGGCUCUGAAGGGCUGAGCUUCUACUUCAAGAUAAAUGGAAUCGAGAUGUUUUUGAAGGGAUCCAAUUGGGUGCCCACAGAUGCUUUCAGGGACAGGGUUUCUAAUCACACAAUUGAAAGCUAUCUACAGGCAGCUGUUGAAGCAAAUAUGAAUAUUUUGCGUGUCUGGGGAGGAGGGGGCUACGAAACCGAUUACUUCUAUGAAACAUGUGACAAAAAAGGCAUUUUGGUAUGGCACGAUUUCAUGUUUGCAUGUGCCAUGUAUCCUACAAAUGAAGAAUUUGUUCAGUUGGUGGAAAAUGAGGUGCGAUACCAAGUUAUGAGGCUUCAGAGCCACCCUUCCAUUAUAAUCUGGAGUGGCAAUAAUGAGAAUGAGGUUGCACUAAGAGAAAACUGGUAUGAAACGAGCGUGGAUUUUAACCUGUACAGAAAGGAUUACAUCAAGCUUUAUGUUGAAACGGUGAAACCACUUGUAGGAUUGAUAGACCCAACAAGACCUUUCAUAGUUUCAUCUCCCUCAAAUGCACUGGAGAGCGAAAGUGAGGGCUGGAUAGCUCAGGAUCCAAGGAGCCCGUUGUACGGUGAUGUUCAUUAUUAUAAUUAUACUGCUAACUGCUGGGACACGACUGUCUUUCCCAAGCCAAGGUUUGCCUCCGAGUACGGUUACCAGUCUUAUCCUUCUUACGAAACUUUGGAAAAGAUAUCUUUAGAAGAUGAUUUAACAUGGGAUAGCAAAUUGAUGUUUUAUCGUCAGCACCACCAGGACGGUAAUCAGCAGAUAGAAAACAUGAUAUCCCAGAAUUAUAUGCUGCCUCGGUCAACUGACAAACGGCUCUAUUUCAAAAAAAUGAUCUAUUUAUCACAAAUUGUACAGGCUGUUUGCAUCACUAAAGAGACAGAGCAUUAUCGAAGUUUAAGAGGGCGCCUGGUAAGAGAGGAAUCUAAUACAUAUCAUGUUCAGAGAAAUAUGUCAAAGGAUAGUAGAGAUGGUACUCUGAUGGGUCACACAAUGGGGGCAAUGUACUGGCAACUAAACGAUGUCUGGCAAGCACCAUCAUGGUCGUCUAUCGAGUAUGGAGGCAAGUGGAAAAUGCUGCAUUACCAUGCAAGAGAUUUCUUCCGCAACCUUAUUGUGACUUAUGAUUUGCUUGGUACAAUGCUUCAUUUAUUUGUUGUUUCGGACAUCCUUGAGAAGGUCCCGGCCAUCUUAAGCGUUACCUCUUUUAAAUGGACAUCUUUCAAUCAGCUUAUGCAAAAGAGAAUCAAAAUUACCAUUGAGCCCCAAGUUGCUGUUGAAAUCUUGCAAAUGGAGGUCACUAACAUAUGCAAGCAACCGAGGGAGUGUUUUGUAAUUCUUGAGUUGGAAGUUGAGCAGCUGCCAAACUAUACUUACUCUCGACCAGUAUUUCUUACACCGCUGAACCAAGCUAUCGGCAUCAGUAAUCCGCAUAUCGCCAUUAUGCCCUCGGAUAUGCAACAAGUGUCUGCAAAUACCAUCAGCUUCAAAAUUCGAGUGACAAAACCUGCAGCCUUUCUUUGGCUCUCAUCUGACGUUCAAGGACGUUUCUCAAAUAACGGAUUUCUUCAAUAUAAAAAUUGCAAAGAGCUGAACUUCACUUCAGUUGCACCUGUAGAUCUGAAGACGUUCUCUGGCAGUCUAAAGGCCUUAUCUUACUAUGACGUCACAGUAGGAUAAAUCUCUGGUCUGCAAGUUAUAUUGCGAACGUCUACAUGGUUUUUUUUGUACUUGAAGUAAACUGACAAAACAGAUGAGAACGAACUAAACUUUCACAUAUCGUUUCCAUUCAGUUAUUUUUACCUUCAUCCUUGUGUGAAGUUGUAAUUAACAAAUAUCCUACUUUUGUAAAAGUUGUAAAAAGAAAUUUUCUACGUCAAUAAAUUUGGUUGGGUCUACAAUCAAUCUUUGAAUUUUCAUAUUGAGAAUUUGAUAUGACAGACAUUUCUUUAACAAAAGUAAAACUUCUGCUGGAGAAUGUUAUGUAAAUAUUGAAUUGAUUUUGUACAAAUACAGCGUUUUCAUAAUAUCACCAUGAAUUUUUGUUAAAAAUUUUACUAACAAUAACCUUUCUCCUCUCAGACACUUUUUCUUGCCGUAAUACGAGCUCUGCCCUUUUAUAUACGCUCGGACGAGCUCUGC